GGCUCCUGUCGGAGGGGGCUUGGACUGUGCUCCUUGUAAUGGCAACUGGCUGGGCUGCAGGACUCCCAAACACCCACACACAUCCACUGGCUUCUUAGUGAGCUCCCUAAAUUCCAGCAGCCCUUGGAUCUUAUUCGCUCCGCUGCCGAACAAUGAGAGCCGGCUGCCCCUGCACAUUGUACGCUCCAGCCUGCUGGGAACUUUCCCUCAUUGUCAUUUAAACUUGCAGCAGCAGCACAAUGACCCCCCUUCCUUACUGAGAGGCAGAGACUGGAGAUCACACAGGGUAAUGCACAGGGCACUACAAGGAAAGGGUUAGCCACACUCACCCCUUGUUGGGUAUUUCUUGGAAGAAAGAAAACUUUGGUGGAAAGCUUCCAUUUCUCCGUGUGGAAAAUAUCUGGCUUGAUUUGUGAAGUUCAGAAGGUGGAUCAUGUUAGCUACAAUGUGCAUCCAGAUGAUGGCUUUUCUACUCCUCUCUCUAGAGGUGUGCUCAGCAACAGAUGGAAUUCAGCUUCAGUCCUAUAUGCCCAAUGUGUGUUCCGAAAGAGAGCCGUCCAUAGCAGCCCACAAGCAACCUGUGAUCCAAGCCUUCAGUCGCAUGGUCAAAGUAUGGAAACAGGGAUGUGCGGGCCAGAUGUGGUGCGUUGGCUAUGAGAGAAGAACAGCCUACUACAUAACCUAUAGAACAGUUUACAGUAUGGAUUAUAAGAGCGUGAACAAGUGCUGCCCAGGAUGGAGCCAACGCAAUGGCGAAGCAGGCUGUCAUUACACGGCCUGCACCACUGGUGUGUGUUUUAAUGGAGGGAACUGCGCUGAUGGAUCCUCCCAGCAGUGUUUUUGUCCAGCGGGAUUUCAGGGGCCACGCUGCCAGUAUGAUGUAAAUGAAUGUGAGAACAAUAAUGGCGGAUGUGAAGUUCAGUGUUGCAAUACAAUUGGUAGCUUCUACUGUAAGUGUUCUGAUGGCCACAGUCUAAAAGAAGACGGAAAGACCUGUCAAGAUGUUGACGAAUGCCAAACUCAUAAUGGAGGCUGCCAGCACAGAUGUGUCAACACCCCAGGGUCGUAUCACUGUGAGUGCAAACCAGGCUUCCGUCUGCACUCAGACAGCAGGUCAUGCAUACCUGUCUACUCGUGCUCUGUCGCCAAUGGGGGAUGUGAACAUGACUGUGUGCAGGUUACAGUGGCACACUACCAAUGUCGUUGCCGGCACAAUUAUCAGCUGAAAGAAGAUGGCAAACAUUGUGAAUUGACCAACCCAUGUUCAUCCAGAAAUGGGGGCUGCAUGCACCAGUGCAAUAACGACGGGGGAUUUGUUAGGUGUUCAUGUCACCCAGGAUACAGACUCUCAGUGGAUGGCAAGUCGUGUGAAGACAUUAAUGAAUGUUUGACUGGCUUGGCCAUGUGUGCACACAGCUGUCUCAACACUCGAGGCUCCUUCCAUUGCAGCUGCAGUCCUGGCUAUGAAUUGGGAGCUGAUGGAAAGCAAUGUUAUAGAAUCGAGAUGGAGAUUAUCAAUAGCUGUGAGAUCAACAAUGGAGGAUGUUCACAUCAGUGUAAACACAUCAACGCUGGUCCCCUUUGCCUCUGCCCUCAAGGGUUUGAGCUGGACACAGAUGGAAAAACCUGUAUAGACACAGAUGAGUGCACAAAUGGCGCAUCAUGCUGUCAGCAAGAAUGUUCUAAUAACCCAGGGGGUUAUGAGUGUCUGUGCUACUCAGGCUAUAGACUCAACCCAGAUGGAUGUGGAUGUGAUGAUGUGGAUGAGUGCUCCUUGAACAAUGGAGGUUGUGAACAGCUGUGUGAAAACCUGAUUGGUUCCUUCCAAUGUAGCUGUCCACUGGGGUAUAGGCUGGAUGGAGACAGUAAAAGUUGUCUUGCCAUAACUCACCAAGCUGAAGUAUUACCUGGUCAACGUCCCAUUGUUCGAUCGCUUCCACAAGUCACUUUACUAAGGGAUGAAUUUGCUCAAUUUUUUGAUGAGGACUAUGAUGAUGAAGAAGCAGAAGCCAGGGGAGAACAUACCCUCUCAGAAUCAUUUGUUUGCUUUGGCGGCAGCUUUGGCCCUGACUGUACAUUAACCUGUGACGAUUGCAAGAAUGGAGGAACAUGUAAUGAGGAGGAGGAUGGCUGUAUGUGCCAGGGGGGCUGGACAGGACUUAUAUGUAACCAAACUUGUCCUGAAGGAACUUUUGGUCAGAAUUGUAGCCUCAAAUGUAACUGUAAGAAUGGAGCCACGUGUGACCCUAUUACUGGCAAAUGCCGCUGUCCACAAGGAGUGAGUGGCGAAUUCUGUGAGGAUGGCUGCCCAAAAGGAUAUUAUGGAAAGAGCUGCAAGAAAAAAUGUAACUGUGCCAGCAAAGGUCGAUGCCAUCGAAUCCAUGGAGCUUGUUUGUGUGACCCUGGGCUCUAUGGACGUUAUUGCCAUUUAGCUUGCCCAAAGUGGACAUAUGGGCCUGGUUGUUCAGAAGAAUGCCAAUGUGUGCAGAGAAACACCCUGGAGUGUGAUAAAAAGGAAGGCCUUUGUACUUGUAAACCAGGUUUCCAUGGAGAAUACUGUCAGAAAAAAUGCGACGUGGGAUUUUACGGAAUGGGUUGUAAGAACAAGUGUAGCUGCCCACAUGGUGUACUCUGUGACCACACUAAUGGGAGGUGCCAGAAACAGUGCCCAGAGGGAUACCAGGGGGAUAACUGUGACCAAGAAUGCCCAGAAGGAACAUUUGGAAUGAACUGUGUAAAGACUUGUGCAUGUGGAGGUGCACCUUGUAAUCACGUCUCAGGGAUUUGCAUUUGCCCUGCUGGAAAAAUUGGCUUAGACUGUGCCAAAGAUUGCCCUGUAGGACACUGGGGAGCUGGCUGCCAAGAGAUCUGUCCCAUGUGUGAAAACAACGGCACUUGUAACCCAGCGACUGGAGAAUGUACAUGCACGCCGGGGUACACUGGCAGCCUCUGCAAAGAAAUUUGUCCUGCUGGUUGGCAUGGCCAGGGGUGCCAGAUGAGAUGUGCCUGUCAGAACAAUGGCCAAUGUGACCCAGUCUCAGGAAGAUGCACAUGUCCGCCUGGCUGGACAGGCCAUAACUGCAGAAGAGCAUGUGAUUCAGGGCACUGGGGAACAGAUUGCCUCAACCCCUGUAACUGUAGCAACAGUGAUGGAAGCUGUGAUUCAGUGACUGGACAGUGUGUCUGUGAAUCAGGAUACAUAGGGCUGAAUUGUGAUCAAAAAUGUGCCGAGGGCUGGUAUGGCUCAGACUGCAGGCACCCAUGUCAGUGUGAUAAUGGUGCGGUUUGCGACCAUGUGAGCGGGGCUUGCACGUGCGCAGCAGGAUGGAGAGGAACAUUCUGCGAGCUACCUUGCCCUGAUGGCUUCUAUGGCACAGACUGUGCGAACCACUGCCAGUGUUCCAAUGGUGCCCACUGUGAUCAUGUUUCAGGAUCAUGCACUUGUCUUGCUGGUUGGACUGGCACUACAUGCAGCCAGAAAUGUCAAGAGAACAGGUAUGGAAAUAACUGCGAGGAAACGUGUAACUGCUUUAAUGGAGCCUCAUGCAACCAUAUCAGUGGGGAGUGUGUGUGCAGCCCUGGUUGGACAGGAGUCACCUGCCGGCAAGCUUGUCUUGAAGGCUUUUAUGGGUUAAAUUGCCUUCAACAGUGCAUCUGCAGAAACGGAGGAAAAUGUGACCAUGUCACGGGUCGGUGCAGUUGCCAGAAAGGUUGGACAGGAUUGGCUUGUGAGAUAGAAUGUACCCCGGGAACGUAUGGAGAUGGCUGCCUACAGAACUGCAAUUGCCAAAAUGGAGGAGUUUGUGAGCGGGAGACAGGGCGCUGCUUGUGCCAUGCAGGCUGGAUUGGGGAGUUAUGUCAAACAGCUUGUCCUGCUGGGACCUUCGGAGUGAAGUGCGCAGAGAGGUGCAAGUGCCGCCAUGGAGCUUCCUGUAACCAUAUUACAGGCAUGUGUGAUUGCCCGGCUGGAUGGAGAGGAAAGCACUGUGAUAAACCUUGUCUCCCUGGGUCAUAUGGAGAGAAAUGCGUGGAACUUUGUACUUGUCCCCAUGGAACAGCGUGCAAUCACAUCACAGGAGAAUGUGGGUGCCCACCAGGAUUCACAGGCAAUGGAUGUGACCAAACUUGCAUUCCAGGCACCUAUGGACUGAAUUGUGAAAAAGCUUGCCAGUGUCCGGGUGAACAUCAGAACUGUCAUCCGGUGACAGGAGAAUGUGUGUGUGCCCCAGGAUACCAUGGAGAGAACUGUCAGCUAAAAUGUUCACAUGGACAUUAUGGUCCAAACUGUGAAAAGGAUUGUACAUGCAAAAAUGGGGGACACUGUGAGGCUACAACAGGAAUGUGCCACUGCCAGCCUGGUUACGUGGGGGCUGACUGCAGCACUGUUUGCCCCACUGGAAGGUAUGGAAAAGGAUGUGCCCAUGUCUGUCAUUGUGGCCCAAGAGGAACAUGUAAUCAUGUGACCGGAAAAUGCAUUUGCCCGCCAGGAAGGACAGGGCAGAACUGUGAAAAUAUGUGCAGUAGAAAUUAUUUUGGGGAAGACUGCAAACAGCGCUGUACUUGUAAGAAUGGAGGAAUGUGUAAUCCAGUUGAUGGUUCCUGCACCUGUGGUCUGGGUUGGCAAGGACCUACAUGUGAAGAAGGGUGCUCUGGUGGAAAAUAUGGAGCUGGCUGCCAAAUGGAGUGUGCUUGUCAAAGCAAUGGCACUUGCGACAUGGUAACAGGAGCUUGUCACUGCGUAAAGGGAUAUUAUGGAGCCGCAUGUGAACAUGCCUGCCCACCUGGUUUCCAUGGAGACAACUGUGGCGAAUUAUGCACUUGUGAAAAUGGAGCAACGUGUGACCCUGUCACUGGGACGUGUCUGUGUCCUGCAGGUUUCUAUGGAGACAAAUGCCAGAAAGGCUGUGAGAAGGGGACAUAUGGGGAGAAAUGUAACAGGCUUUGUGAAUGCGAAGGAAAUGCCCCUUGUGACGCUGUGACCGGAGAGUGUAUUUGUCCCCCAGGGAGAACUGGUGCCAGCUGUGAUUUAGAAUGCAGGAUUGAUCGCUUUGGCCCGAACUGCACCUUAAGUUGUGAAUGCUCAUGGAAUUCUCAAUGCAAUUCAAUGAACGGGGGCUGUAUUUGUCUUAACGGAUUUAUAGGACCAACCUGUCAAGAAGGUGGGCCACCCCAGCUGAUGUCAACUCUGUUCCAAACGUUACUCUAUGCAAAGCCUCCAGCCCAGUAUGGAUCCUCAGCUAGAUACCUGAUAAACACCAGCAAGCAAAGGCCAUAAAUUGUUUGGAAUAUGUUCAUUACAAGUCACUACAACACCACCUAAUGACACACAUUGGAUUACAACAUGCAGUUAAUGCAAAAUUCACUGUGCACUGUUGUAAAGGUGCCAAGCAAACUUUGUAUGGAUUUCUAAUUAAUGACUUGACUAAAAGCAACAUGGAGAUGCACGCGAGAUUCCAUCAGGCCCCACAAGUGAUACUGAGUCACGACGAGCGACGGCUACUGUACUGAGAACUGAAAUGCCAAGAGGGAGCACCUGCAGCACAUCCUGUGGCAACAUGGUAUAUCUUAAUAAAAUGUUUUAUAUUCAGCCUGACAGGUUUUUACUGAAGACAGCCAAGCAGUAUAGCAGUGAUCACAUCGUGUACGGCUGAAACAUACACACCCCUUCUAGUCUUCUUGUCUCAAUAUGAAAAAGAUCCAUCCAUAGCAAUAUCAAACUACUGAGAAUGAAAAGGAAUAACUGCCAGCAGAAGAGCCGCCUUCCAUUACAAAAGCCAUAUCAAGGGCAGGAUGUGCUUUGGUACUUUGCUGACAACAAGCUGAUUGGAGACCAUUUUCACCUAUCAGUGGGCUGGCAAUAACAGCAUUACUUAACAUGCACAUGAGGCUGACACCCAGAUGCAGCCUUCCAACGUAUUAAGGCCCCCAGCCUUCAGUGAGUUUCUUUUAGUCUUUGUAUAGACUCUAAUCAUCCCGCUAUGUGGAUUCAGUAGAACAGGACUGCUGGGAGACUCCUGUGCUUCAAACAAUUGUAUUAUAUGGGCACAACAGAUAUUCUGUGAAUGGGGAGACCCCUGCGGGUUUAUAUAUAUAUAGCAUGCAACAUUUCAUGGGUACAUGUUUGAUUAAGGGGCAUUCCCCAAAAAAGUUGCACAUUACUUAAAUAAACAUGUAGAUGUUUCUCCACUUGCAGAAGCUCAGUUGUGCCGAUGUCAUUUAUUUGCCUGGACUGUUAGAUGGUGCCGAACCCCCAUACUGGGCACCGAGCAAAUUCAUUGAAGAGGUGUGUAUGUGCUGGUGCGUUUUUUUACAUUAAUCCUAAGACUCGUGCACUUCCUCUUCCUCUCUGUUUCCAGUGACAACUUUCAAUGAGACAACCAGUUGGUAAUACACAUGAGAGCAUUUAGCAGCCCUUAUAGACCCAGAACAUAGAUGGGCACACUGUACAUUCUGAGUAUGGAGCUGUCUUUCAGUUUUCCCUUUGCUGACACUAAUUAAUGGCAUUACGUUGCCUGGAAAGUUGUGGAGACUAAUUGCCAGUAACAGGUGAUACUGCCUUUGCACAAGUUACCCUGCCUGACUCUCUAAGUAUUACUGCAAAAGAAGGAGCUAUUGGGAAUUUCCUUCAGUGCUCACCUAAUAGAGGGAGAACCUUUGCUAAAUGAUAAAUAUGCCCUUUUGUUACAUUGGUGUAAUGAUGUCAGCUUGUGCUUUAUAAUCCCCAGUAACAUUUGUUAUGCAUUGGUUUCCAUCUGUUUGUCUAAUCAGGGAAAUAGCUAAAAUAUCUAUUUAUGUUGCAAUAUUUAUAGGACUGAAAAACCUUUGAAGUCCUGGCCAAAAGGUCACACUUGUCUGGUGACCAUAUGUGGUAUCUAUGUAGUGCACACAGUGUUUCAUAUCUUAUACGACAAGUUCCCAAGGAGCUUUUUAAUGACCAAUCAUUGUCAUUCAGGCCAAGAAACAGUCACUGCUACGGUGACAAUAUUGUAGACACAGGAAGUUCAGUCCUGAAUUAUUUAAGUGAACUGGAACAACACCUCAACCCCAUGGAGACAAGAUAUCUUCAUAACUGUGACUACUUGUCUAUGUAAACGUAUGCCUGGGCCUAAUUUGACAUUACUUUUGUAGGCCCUGUUCUUAAUGGGGUAGUUGACCUUCAUAUUAACUUUUAGUAUGAUAUAGAAAGUGAUAUUAUAAAACAUAUUGCAAUUGGUCUUCAUGUUUUGUAUUUUUAACUAUUUAGCUUUUUGGUCGGCCAUUCUUCGGCUUUGGAUUUCAACAACUAUCUGGUUGCUAUGCUCGAAUCGACCCUUGCAGCCAUGUAGCGGUUUAAAUGAGAGACUGAAUAGGAGGGAGCCUGAAUAGAAAGCUAAGUAGUAACAAUGAAAUAGUAGCCUCACAGGGCAAUAAGUUUUUAGCUGCCUGGUCAGUCACCCAUAUUUAACAGCUAGAAAGACAGAAGAGCAGGUACAAUCAAUAAUCAGUAAAAAAAAAAAAAUGAAGACCAAUUGCCAAGAUGCUAAGAAUAGGCCAUUCUAUAACAUACUAAAGCCUAACGUAAAGGUGAACCACCCUUUUACUAUAUAGAUUUUAGUUUGGUCUUCAACAAGAUAUGGCCAAACCCAUAUGUCCGAGUUGCAGAAGUGUUUCUUUUGCUUUGUCAAUGUGUGUAUGUACGUGGGCGCAAAUGGUACCACUUCCAUAAUGACCUUAGUGUUAAAGGUAAGGUGCAAUUUAGUUGCACAUGUAAGAAUGUAAGGGAAAUUACCGUACACUCCAGGGUACAGUGCGUGUGUAAAUUGAAAUUAAAUGAGGAGUAAAUCAGUGCCUGGAUUAUCCACUGUAGUGGAUCCAGCUGGGUGUCGAGUGGUAUAACUUAACAGAAGAUUCCUUAUUCCACAUAAUUAUAAAUAUUAAAUUUAUACCAUUUUUUGCUUUUUUAACAUAACCUAUAUUCCAAACAAUAGGCUGAUACAGGCAGAGGGAAGUACGUAGCCACAGAAUACUGAGAAGGUGUCCUUUGACCCCCAGCCACCUAAUGGGGCACACAUGAAAUUAUAUCUGUCCUGUUGUCCAAUAGACAUUGGUGGAUGUAACACAUUUCUAGCAGUGGAAUUCUUCCCCGUUUGAGUCCAAAACUGAUUCAUUGCAGAAUAGCAUUAAGAUAUAAAUUCUCAGGCUGUUAAUUGCUAAUUAGAAUGACAUGUCCUGUAACUGGGCCGAUACAAAGUGCACUCUUGCACCAGCCUGCUCUGUACUUUUCCUCCAGGGAUGAAUUUAUUGCUGGCCAGAGAACUGAACUUCCAAUGCCCAUUUAUCUAAUUGAACGGGCGCUCAUCCAUGCUACAAUAAGAGAACCCCUAGCUAAAGUGCUAUUAAACCUUUCUACUGCAUUGGAAGUGAUUGUACAGCUUCCCUGAGCGCUGCCCCAUGUUGGCCUGCUUGUAUGAGAUCCAGUAAUUGGCUGCUGCAGCACAAGCCUUUAUUGCACUUAAUCACUUGGAGCCUCAGGCCUAGGUACCUGUUGGGAGACAUGAGGCCUUUCAGGAUAUCUCCUCCCAAUGUUUGGGGUCAAUUUUGCCCAUGAGGGUGACAUCAGAUAAAAUACAUUACUAUAUGUAUAUUAUAUUACAAUCUUUCUUACAAAGUGCUCUUUAGAGAUACUGUUUUAGUUAAUAUAUCUUAAUAAAUACCACCAUAAGUCUCCAUCUUUUAGCCUUGAAUCAGCCAAACUAAAUGACACCAGAUCUGCCCUGAAACCCCAAUUCAGGUAUUUGUGAAACUUUUUUUGUGACUCUUCUCCGGAAAAGUAACAUCCCUUAAGUAAACACCAUGUGGAAGUUACUGUAAUAAAUCUGUGCCACUCACUGCUGCCAUAGGAUUCAUUAGAUCGGAAGCCGAUUCACAAGGGUGGGCAGCAAACCUACUACCAGGGGUUGGGGAGCAGCAGUGCCGCCAUUCAAUAUGUAUGGUGCUGAUUAGACCUCACACAAUGUUUUAUUGCAGGUUCCUUAUGGGGGGGGGGGGGCAAAUAUGCUGACAAAACAA